UAUAAAUGAGAUGGACAAGAGCAGAUUACAUCGAUCCAGGGGAAACUCAGGAGUGAAGAACAGGAGCAUUGCAAUUACAUUAUCCUGCACAGCACAACCUCAACCAGAAUACUGAUAUCAGCGGCUGAGAAGAGCUGACCCUGUCCUGCUUGUGAGAGAGACCAGGUGUAGCAGUCAACAUGGGCUUCACCGUCUGUGUGUGUGUGCUAUCUGCAGUGAUGCUGAUGAUGGGUGAACUGUCAGCAGCACAAGGUUUCUCAACAAUUGCAACAUCUCCAUCGAGUACAACGGUAACUACGGCAGCAUCUCCAGAGCCAACAACAACUGAAGAGGCUACAACUGCUUCUGUGUCAAUUGCAGUAAUGUCAUCAACAACUACAACAUCUCCAUCAACAAUUGCAACAUCUCCAUCAAGUAGCACGGCAACAUUUCCAUCAAGUAGCACGGCAACAUCUCCAGAACCAACAACAACACCAACUGAAGAAACAACAGCUGCUUCUGUGUCAACUGCAGAAAUAUCAUCAACGACUGCAACAUCUCCAUCAAGCAGCACAACAAUAUCUCCAGAACCAACAACAACAACAACAACAACAACUGAAGAAACAACAACUGCUUCUGUCUCAACUGUGGUAAUGUCAUCAACAACUUCAUCUCCAUCAACAACUGCGACAUCUCCAUCAAGCAGCACAACAACAUCUCCAGAACCAACAACAACAACAACAACUGAAGAAACAACAACUGCUUCUGUAUCAACUGCACUAAUAUCAUCAACGACUGCAACAUCUCCAUCAACCACUGCAACAUUUCCAUCAACAACUGCAACAUCUUCAUCACGUACAACACUAACUUCGGCAGCUUCUCCAGAACAAACAACAACAGAGGCAAUAACCACUUCAGCACCAACAGCAGUAAAAUCAACAAUGACUGCAACAUCCCCACUGACUACCUCCACUGGCAUGCCUGUUUCCCAGAGUGUGGCCCUGAGUCCUGCAUUUGACCCUUGUCACGCCUACACUGUGCUGGAUGAUGAAUGGAGAGCUGCUAACAACACAAUCCAUGAUAACUACAACAUCUUAAGGUGUGACACUCAAGUCAGCUGGCAAGGCUGGUAUCGCAUGUUUUACAGGGGAACUGAUGCCCAUAUGCCAGAGUACUGUGUGAGAAUGAACCGCUGUGGAGCCCAUGCUCCUCUGUGGCUAAAUGGAACACAUCCUCGAGUGGGGGAAGGUGUUGUGACACGGCAGGUCUGUGGGCACUGGAAGUGGGGAUCAUCCAAUCCUGAUGACUGCUGCAAUUUCGCAAACCCACCUGUUCGAAUCAAAGCGUGCCCUGGAAAUUACUAUGUGUAUGAAUUCGUUAGACCAUUCACCUGCUGGCUAGCCUACUGCACAGACGUUGGUGACAUUGAUUUAAACAUGAUAGCCCCAGAUCCAACAUUAGGACCAACCCCCCGACCCAUCACUGGCACGACAGCAAGUCUCCCUGCAGGUGUAUUUUACCCAUUUGGACCAGGGGAUUUCCACACCAGUCGUUCAGAUGAUGGCUCCACACAUGUUAGCAUAGCACAAUCAUUUCGCUAUUUCAGACAGACAUUAAACCGGAUAUUUGUUAAUAACAACGGAUUUCUCACUUUUGAUUCUGGAUGGAGAGGAUGGAGUCCAUACCAAUUUCCUGCUUAUGCACACCGCAACAUCAUUGCCCCGUUCUGGACAGACAUAGACAACACCCGCAGAGGCUACAUAUACUACCGGCAGUAUACCAGUGGUAGCGUUCUCCAGCAGGCCACUACAGACAUCAACCAGUACUUCCCUGGGUUGAGUUUCUCGGCUUCCUGGGUCUUUGUUGCAACAUGGGACAGAGUGGAAUAUUACGAGAAGUCAGGAACAGAAACCUCAUUCCAAGUGGUCCUUAUCUCAGGAGGCCAACGUUCAUUUGCUGUCAUGAAUUAUGGUGCCAUUGCUUCAACACGCCAUCAUGUUCAGGCUGGCUAUGACACCAAUAACUCAGAGCAUCAUUUCUCAAUCCCUGGGUCCUUCAUGAGCAACAUCACCAAUCUAAGGCACACUAGCAAUGUCAACAGGCCAGGCCGCUGGGCCUUCCGGAUUGAUGAUGGACCACAAGGCUGCCAAUACAAUGGUUUACCUGUGCAGGUGGGGGACUCUUUCUGGAGAGAUGACACCUGUCAGCAGAGAUGCACCUGCGUCAGUGGAGGCCUCCUCCAGUGCCAGCAGCAGCCCUGCAGCUUCUCCCAGGCGUGUCGUCCAGCAUCCUUCCAGUACUCCUGCCAGAAUAUUCAGCGCCGCACCUGCACCAUCUCUGGAGACCCCCACUACUACACCUUUGACAGGAAAGUCUUUCACUUCCAGGGAACCUGCACAUACGUCCUCUCAGAGGCUUGUGGCGAUGGACUACCGUACUAUCGGAUUGAAGGGAAGAAUGAACAUCGGGGCAGCACACGUGUGUCUUGGACUCGUCUUGUAAGAGUGUGGGUUUAUGAUGAGGAAAUUGAACUUGUAAAAGGCCAUCGUUACCAAGCAAUGGUGAAUGGAAGCUUUGUGUCGACCCCAUUUACCCUCCGACAUGGGUCCAUCCAAGUCUACCAAUCAGGUUUCUCUGUGGCUGUGAGUACAGACUUUGGCCUGCUGAUCACCUACGAUGCCAAUCACUAUGUUAGAAUCUCAGUGCCCUAUGAGUACCAGAACGCAACCUGCGGCCUGUGUGGCAACUUCAACCACCACCCUCACGAUGACUUCAGAACCCGCGGUGGGCAGCUUGUGAGCUCAGACGUGGAGUUUGCUAACAGCUGGAAGGUGGAAGGGGACACUGACCCUAGCUGCCAGGACGUGCGAUGCGCAGGACUUGCAUGUGCUGCCUGUACCCAUAGUCAAAGGACUCUUUAUGCAAACACGGCCCACUGUGGUAUCUUAAGCAACAGUGUCGGCCCGUUUGCCUCCUGCCACUCAAGGGUGUCUCCACAGAAUUUUGUAGAAAACUGUGUGUAUGAUCUGUGUGUGGGCGAUGGCUACCAGCCCAUUCUCUGCCAAGCACUCAAUGUGUACGCUGCCCAGUGCCAACAAGAGGGCAUCCAGUUGGGCCAGUGGAGAAGCCAGGGAUUCUGUGAAAUCCCCUGUCCAGCCAACAGUCACUUUGAGUCUCAAGGAACUGGGUGCCCUGCAACCUGCAGCAACCUCAACGCCCCCCAGAAUUGCCCUCUGCCCAACCAGGAGAGCUGCAUCUGCAAUGCUGGCUAUGUCCUAAGCGGUGGGGAAUGUGUUCGGCAGAGUGACUGUGGCUGCACCUUCGAGGGGCGGUACUACACAGCUGGGGAGACAGUGGUGCUAGACCAGGACUGUGGGAGGCGUUGCCACUGUACUCAAGGGUCAAUGACCUGCCAGGCACACAGCUGCAGUGAGCUUGAGGUGUGUGGGGUCCAUGGUGGUGUGCGGGGCUGCAGACCUGUCAGCUACUCCACCUGCUGGGUGGAGGGCUUUGGGUCCUACCGCACUUUUGAUGGACAGACCUUCAACUACCCAGGUGCCUGUAGUCUGACACUGGCUAGGGUCAGGGGACAAUCACAAUUACCUCACUUUCAAGUAACUGUUGAGAAAGUUCCCACAGGCCCAAGAGAUUUUCUCAGACAUCUGAAGUUUGAAGCAGAAGGAACACAAGUCUCGGUGGAGAUGGGAGAGGGGGGCACAACUAAGGUGGAUGGGCAAACAGUGGGCCUUCCGUUCAGCGUCAGCCCCGGUCAUAUUAGCAUCUACCACAGCAGUGUAAAGGGUGUUGUCAUAGAGACCAACUUCGGAGUGUUGGUAAGAGCUGACUGGCCACACGUCAUCCGCAUCACCGCUCCAGGCAACUACAACGGCACUCUAGGAGGCCUGUGUGGAAAUCUGAAUGGAGACCCUCAUGACGACUUCUUCUCCCCAACUGGAAUGCCCCUCAACGACUCUCAGCAGUUUGGAGACAGCUGGAGAGAUGGCUCCCUGUCAACACACUGUGUAGAACCUCAGGUCUGGGAACCUGGACACUACCAGAACACCAGCCAGUUUAGGGACCUCUGCGACAUCAUGGGAUGGGCACAUGGGCCUUUUGGCCAGUGCCAAGCAAGUCUUGAGCCCUGGAGCCGAAUUGAAGACUGUGUCCAGACUCUAGUGAGGACGCAAGGUGCUCGAGAGGGACUGUGCGAGGCACUGCGUGGCUACUCUCUACUUUGCCAACAGAGUGGCGUCACAGUUGGGGAAUGGAGGAACAUCACUAGCUGUGAUGCAACCUGCCCAACUAACAGCCAUUAUGAGCUAUGUGGUACGUCCUGCCCUGCUUCCUGCCCAAGCCUGUCUUUCCCCUUCCUGUGCACACAGCAGUGCCAGGAGGGGUGCCAGUGUAAUGACGGGUUCCUCCUGAGUGGGGAUCGCUGUGUGCCACCCACGGGUUGUGGCUGCCACCACGGCGGGCGUUACAGACAGAGUGGAGAGCGCUACUGGUACGGUGAGGAGUGCCAGUUCCUGUGCCAGUGUAAUGGCAUUACUGGGCAGUCACAUUGCACCGCCUCUUCUUGUGGUGCUCAGGAGUCUUGUCGAGUCGUGGAUGGACAGUAUGGCUGCCAUCCCAAACCUGAGGCCACCUGCUCGGCCUCUGGAGACCCACACUACACCUCCUUCGACAGACGCACCUUUGACUUCCAGGGCACUUGUCGUUACGUCCUGGCAUCAGUUUGCAAUGGAACACAAGAUCUACCUCACUUUCAGGUAGAGGCCAGGAACGAGGCAUGGAAUGGUCUGCAAGUCUCCAUCACUGUGGCUGUUUACGUCAAUGUGUCUGGACAUCUCGUGUACAUCUCAAAAUACAACCAGGGGACUGUGCAGGUGAAUGGGGAGACAAGAAACUUGCCAAUCGUUCUUGAUCAGGGAAGAGUGUCAGUGUAUGCCAAUGGGCUCCACACAUUUGUGAAAACAGACUUUGGUCUAACUGUCAGUUAUGACGGCCGUUGGGUGUUGGACAUCACAGUACCAUCCAACUACAGUGGAGCUACAUGCGGUUUGUGCGGUAACUUCAACGGUUUCCAGGGUGAUGACUUUACAGUCCAUAACGCCAGUUCAGGCUCUGUUGCCCUCUCUGUCUCUGAGUUCGGGGACUACUGGAAGAUUGAUGACGGCAUUCCCUGUACUGGAGGAUGUGGAAACUCCUGUCCAGUGUGUCAAGACGACUGGAGAGCCCGUGCCAUGUGUGAGCUACUCAGAGCUAGCAAUGGACCACUGAGCUUCUGCCAUUCCCAUGUGGACCCCCAGCAAUUCUUCAACGACUGUGUGUUUGACGUGUGCUUGUCUGGCGACAGAAGUGAAGUCCUCUGCCGUGCAAUGGAAGCAUAUGUCAGCGCAUGCCAAGCAGAAAAUGUCAUCAUCUACCCCUGGAGACAGAACUCCACCUGCCAAAUGGAGUGUCCAGAAAACAGCCACUACAAUCUGUGUGGCACAGAGUGUGGGCACACCUGUGCCAGCAGCAUUGAUGCCAGCUGUGACAGGACGUGUGCUGAGGGCUGUUUCUGCGAUGAUGGAUUUGUGAGGAGCGCGGGGCGCUGUGUGCCUGUGGAGCAGUGUGGCUGUCUUUAUGACGGCUUCUACUUUGAUAUCGGAGAACAGUUCUGGACACAAGACUGUUCGCAGCGCUGUGAAUGUUUUGCCCCCAAUGACCUUCGCUGUAUCCAGUCCUCUUGCCCUCCCAGUCAGGAAUGCUCAGUCAAAGAUGGCCACCGGGGUUGCUAUGGUCACCUGUCAACCUGCACGGUCUGGGGAGACCCUCACUACUUCACCUUUGAUGGGGCUGUGGCUCACUUUCAGGGCACCUGUGCUUAUGAGAUUACCCACACCUGUGGCAACAUGAGUGAUGAUGCCCUGGCCUUCCGUGUAGUAGCCGCUAACAGGCACCGUGGCAACUUAGUUGUGUCGUUUGUGUCCACUGUGGAUGUGUGGCUCUCUCAGGGAGGAGUUCAAAGCCACAUCAGCAUUGGACAGAACAGGAGAGUCAAGGUUGAUGGUCAAGAUAACAAUGCAAACAGCAUUCAGGUUGGCUCCCUGGCGCAGUUGACUCGUGAGUCAGGAUUUGUGGUUGUGAAUGCCUCAGGAGAGCUAGUGGUCCAGUUUGAUGGUCGUAGUAGACUGCUAGUCAGACUGAGUCCAGAUUAUCACCAAUCUGUAUGUGGAAUGUGUGGCAACCACAAUGGCAACCCAGCAGAUGACAAAGUUCUGCCCAAUGGCACUCUGGCCCAGACUGACAAUGAAUUCGGUCAAAGUUGGAAAUCAGAUGCAAGCAGUCCUGGAUGUGGAGCCAGUGACCGAAUUGGAGACGACACGUGUGUAUUUGAAGCAGAAUACACAGAUCUGUGCAGCAUCAUCACCAACAGCAGUGGCCCAUUUCAGCAGUGCCACCUACAUGUUGACCCACAGGCCUACUUCACUUCCUGUGUGUACGAUCUCUGUGCCUACACACCAGCCAAUAGCAUGCUGUGCUCAGCAGUGGAGGCCUAUGAGACAGCUUGCAAUGUGCUGGGGCUCCACACACCAGAAUGGCGUUCUGCACUGCAUUGCUCUGCAGUUGACCCUUGUGAAGAGCUGGACUGCACUGAGGAUGAGUGGUGUGGCCAGAAGGAUGGAGUCUGUGGCUGCUUCUGCAAUGAGGAUCACCCGAGACCUCAUCCUGAGUGCUAUGACUCUCAGGAGUUCUGUUCCAGCAGCACAGGCACCAUGUCUUUGUCUCGCUGCCAGCUGUUUGAGGCAGGCUUCUUGGCUGACUCCCUCCGCCUCAAUGACCCUAGCUGCAACGGCACACUCCAAGAUGGCAGAGUGGAGUUCCUCUUCGACAAUGACAACCACAUUUGUGGGACCUCACUAAAGAGUAACAGCACCCACUUCAUCUAUGAGAACUCCAUCCAUGGGGAGGCCAACACAGCCAGCGGUCCCAUCAGCAGAGAGAGACAGAUAAACCUGCUCUUCAGCUGUGUCUACCCCCUAACACAGACCCUCUCCAUGAAUAUAGAAAUCAACCCACUGGAGAGCCAAAUUACUAAGAAGCUACCAGGAGGGGAAGGAAGCUACCAUGUCCGUAUGAUUCCCUAUGAAGAUGCAGGAUUCUCCCAUGCGUUCUCUGGGAGGGUGAAUGUGAGAGUGAAUCAGCAAAUCUACGUGGCUGUUCAAGUGGAUGGAGUAGAUAGCCGCCAGAUCGCCAUAGUGAUCGACUCCUGCUGGGCCACUCCUGUCAAUCAGCCAAACUACCACAUCCGAUGGGACCUCAUCAGAAACGAGUGUGCUAACCCCAAUGACAACACAGUGGAGCUGGUGGAGAAUGGGGUCAGCACAACAGGCCGAUUCUCCUUCAGGAUGUUCACCUUCCAUGCAAACUCCUCCAGGGUUUACCUGCACUGCAGCAUCCACCUGUGCUUGAUGGCAAACAAUGACUGCACAGCUCACUGUUACCCAGGUUACCAUCAGAGGCAUCGUCGUUCUGUUGACUUCCAUGACAGCGCCUCCAUCUCACUGGGGCCUCUGGUUUUGGUCAAUGGCAAUGAAGAGGGGAGAAACGUGUUUGUCCCGCCACCUGUGAGGGUGUCUAAGGCCUCGGGUCUGACGGCAUCUCUGAUGGUCCUGCUCCUGUCUGUUCUCCCUGUCAAGGCUCUGCUCAUCUAACACACAACAAAACAGCGCAGCUACCCCACAGCUACACAACUUAACACAACACACAGCACAGCUACACAACUUAACACACAACACAGCUACACAACUUAACCCAACACACAGUACAGUUACAUUACAGUUACACAACACAGCACAACACAUACACUGUAGCACAGUUACACAACACCUACACACAAUGCAACACAACAUACAGCACAGUUGCACAACAGCUACACAACACAACACACAGCACAGCUACACAACUACCUGGCCUGACACACACACUGGUUCACAUCAUGUCCCUUUGUGUCUAUUGAAAAUAUGUUGUUUCAUUCAACAGUGAUCUUAGGGAGACAAGUAUGCACAUUGCACAAUUGCAUUCGGUGUCUUUGCAACACUCAGUGAACAGUAGGCCUAACCAUAGUAAUAGGAAUAGGCGAAGGGCAUACUGUAUGGACCAACAGAAAAGUCAGUCUGGUUAUCUAAUUAAACUACACACACUGUGUUGUAAAAUUUCUACAGGGUUUUCCAACACAUUUUUUUACAGGAAAGUUCCUUUCAACAUUUUAAGAUGUACAAAUACUGUGAUGUAUGGGCUUAUAUGGAGUGUUCUAGAACCCUGGGUUUUUUUCAGGAUAGCUUUGAUUUGUUCUUGGUCAUUAUAAGGGCCAUCUAUAUUGUAUACUACAUAUCUAUGCUAUCCAAAUAUGACAUGUAUGUGUAUCACUUAUAUGAUGUAAUAAAAUGUACAUAUUAGGGCCGGGACUUUAGCGCGUUAAUUACGAUUAAUUAAUUACACAAACAUUAAUGCGUUAAAAAAAAUUGACGCAUUUUAAUCGUAUGCCUAUUUAUUUUUGCACCGCGGAACGUUUCUCACUGGAUGAGUUUCAGACGGACCGAUUAUACUGGAGCACCAAGUAACGCGCAUGAGUUCGGUUCAGACAAAACAAACCACAGUGGCACAGUGAACAUGAACAAAGAAGCUGAUGUGACCGCGUUGGUUUGCCCUGUGGAUGGGAAAUGUUGUUACAAAAAACGAACGGAUGGAAGCGUAGAUAAGAGCAUGGUUGUGUGCAACCUAUGCAACAAGGACGUAUCACCGCAGGUAUCACCUCAGUGCAAAACAUAAAGCAGCUAGCUGCUAGCGUGGACAAAGUAUUGUGAUAGGCCUACUCCAGACACUUGAGGGAAACCUCUGAGCUUUAUUUAUUAAACAAAUAGCAACCGAGUUGCUGUUACAGCCACAACUCACGCUUAUAACAGUAAUCCACCGCACCUAAUUCCAUGUCCAACUUUCAUAGACCUAAAAGAAACUUCACACUCAGAACCGCAUACAAGCACACACGCACACACUUAAACUCCGCCCCCCAGUUCCCCUUAAAGCGACACAACAAUUUCAUGAACUCAACUCAAGGUAACAGGUGACACAAUUAACAGGAUAUCACAGUAUUAUAGUUUACAGAAGGUCUACCUAUCUAUAGGCUACAUGAAUUUCUGAAAAUGUACUAUUUCUAAAUAUGGUAUUGCUACACUUUAUGGCAAAAAUUGCACUGGUCUGUUGGACUUAUUAAUAAACAAUAUUUUUGUUGCUUAAGCUUAGGCCUAUGUAUUCAGUCAUUAUCCAAUGGUAGGCUAUACUAAAAAUCCAUGUGAAAAAAAAUACUUCUCACUGUUCUCAGGUCAUAUAUUUAUAUACAAUUAAAAUGCGAUUAAUUUCGAUUAAUUAAUUACAAAGCCUCUAAUUAAUUAGAUUAAUUUUUUUAAUCGAGUCCCAGCCCUAGUACAUAUGUCUUAUAUUAACCUAUAAAUAAAGGGAAAAAUGUGUAAAUGUAUGGUCCUACUCCUGUUCCAUAUCCAUAUUUACGUGUCUUAUCACUGUCAGAGCACACAGUCUCGGUACAGGGAGGUAAAGUUUAAAAUAAGACAGACAAAUGGGAUAUUACACCCAGAUAAAAGAUCCAAGGUUACAGUGGCGGCGCUAGAGAUUUGUUUCUGCCGGUGCUAUGCGGGAGCUUGGCUCGCUGAGGGUGCUAUGAUUCGACGGGCAACUGAAAAGAGUCACAGGCACAGAAGAUUAGAAAACUUAACUGAACAGGAGCGGGAAGGGGACUCAGGAGGAGACCAGGAAGGCAUAGGAGCAGGCAUGGGGAAAUGAAGGAGAGGGAGGCCAGGAGUCAGGCUGAGCAGAGAACACUUCAAGGAAGUCAUCACAGAUGAGGCCAGACAAAGACAGAGGAGACAGGGGUUUACAUAGGGAGUGAGUCAGAGGUGCAGGUCAUCAGUCUAUUGGGGGAUGUAAAUGGAAGAUAGGAGCAGGAGAGGUAGGAGAGAGGUAGGAGUUUUGUGGCUGGGGGAGAAGUUGGAGUGACUGUGAAAACCACAAUGUGUUCACCACAGAAAGCAUGUCAGGAGAAAUAUUUCUUGUCAUACUAUUUAGAGGAGAUUGCCUGGAAUCUGGUAAUAUCAAUAGACCCCAGAAAUUUGAGAUGGCUAAUUGUAUAAUUCUUUUGGAAUUAUGGGAUUGUGUUCAGUGUGUAAAGACCUUCACUGAAACCAACACAUUCACAUUAAGGUCCCAAGGUUUUACUCAGAUUAAAAUACACUGAUAUCCCCAAAAAGCCUUACUUAAACCAACAGACACUGCUCUCCCCACAACACCUUACUCAGUCAAAAACACACUGAUGUCCCCACAAAACCUUACUCAGUCAAAAACACACUGAUGUCCCCACAAAGGCUUAUUCAGUGAAAAACACACUGAUGUCCCCACAAACCUUAUUCAGUCAGAAACACACUGAUGUCCCCACAAAGGCUUAUUCAGUCUAAUACACACUGAUGUCCCCAACAAAACCUUAUUCAGAUGAAAAUACACUGAUGUCCCCACAAAGCCUUAUUCAGAUGAAAAUACACAGAUGUCCCCACAAAACCUUAUUCAGUCUAACACACACUGAAGUCUCCAUUGAUUCACACUGGAAAGUUGGUGUGUUACCUUGGAGACAGGAGGCUGCUUCCUCAAGUUAGGGAAAUAGUCAUAUUUUGUUUUGGUCUUAGCCUACUCCAUCUUAUCAACUCAGUGAUCAGUGGUGUGAUCGGUGGUGCUUCUCUGAGCCCAGUCUGUGUGAGAAAGGGAAGUUCAGGGCAGUUUUGAUACGUCAUAGAGGUCAGAACAGAAAACAGAAAUUGUCUGCUCAGUGUACCUCCACUGAAUAUAUGGGUGAUUGCUUCGCCAGUAGUGUGUGUAAUAAAAUUUUUCUACCUUUG